UUAAAUUGCAGAUUACUAGAAUUAUAACCAAAUGUCGUUACAUUCUAUUGUAUACAUUGUCAUGACUCAGUUGUCUUUUCUUGUUUAAAGCUCCAAGCUGCCAAGGUAGAAAUCGAAAGACUGAAAAUGGCAGUGAAGGAGAUCAGUGCAGCAGACAAUGGCAACACCAAGAAAUAUGAGGAGGCAAAACAACGUCUUCAGCAGCAUGACAUGGUUGUUGCUCGAAACAUGUUUCUAGAAGAGGCCCUUGAACAGGCCAAUGCAAAAAUAGAGGCACUUGAAAAGGAAAACAUCGCAUUAAAAGCAGAGAAGAAAACAGAAAUUUCUCUAGGGCAGAGUGACAAGUGUCUUCAGACAGACAUACUGGAUAAAGAGCCAAGAGAAAACUAUCACGGAACAGACUUCAAAAGCAGGGAUGAAGCAGACAAAUACAAUGAAUCAGUGAACACCAAAAGUGGAAACAAAAGAAGACGCAAAAGAGGCAAAAAAGGUGCCAGAAAGGGAAAUGUGGUAGCAGCGCAAAGUGAGACAGCGGAGAGCUCGUCUGCUAAAGAAUCAACUAGUGAUGAUUUACUUUCGGAGGAUGCAAGCAUUGGAAAAUCGACAUGUGCUGGUGACAAAUCAGCCUUAGAUGACACAGACCAUCGCAUUGCAACUCAAGCCAAAACAGAAAGUGACAAAUCAGUUGAUGCAAAAGAGCCAUGCAGCGCAACCCUGAUCCCCAUGGAAAGUGACAAGUCAGCCAUUGAUGCCAAAGAGCCAUGCAGUGCAACCCAGACCCCCACGGAAAGUGGCAAAUCAGCUGUUGAUGCCAAAGAGCCAUGCAGUGCAACCCCGAUCCCCAUGGAAAGUGACAAGUCAGCCAUUGAUGCCAAAGAGCCAUGCAGUGCAACCCCGAUCCCCAUGGAAAGUGACAAGUCAGCCAUUGAUGCCAAAGAGCCAUGCAGUGCAACCCUGACCCCAAUUGGAAGUGGCAUAUCAGCUGUUGAUGCCAAAGAGCCAUGCAGUGCAACCCCGAUCUCCAUGGAAAGUGACAAGUCAGCCAUUGAUGCCAAAGAGCCAUGCAGUGCAACCCUGACCCCAAUGGGAAGUGGCAUAUCAGCUGUUGAUGCCAAAGAGCCAUGCAGUGCAACCCCGAUCUCCAUGGAAAGUGACAAGUCAGCCAUUGACGCCAAUGAACAAGCCGGUAUUACCCAAGCCACAAGGAAAAGUGGAAGAGAUUCAAAUGAGAAUAGUGGCAGUGAAAUUAUCAAGAAAUCCAACAUCAAGAAAGCAGAUAAAAGCUCGAGGUAUCUUGACGAUAAGGCUACUACACAAAGAAGUAUCGUGCUUGAAAAAUCCUGUCAAACCGAGCUGGGACAAAAUGCAGGGAUGUUUCCGGAAAAUAUUGACUGGGGAAUGCAAGGUACUUUACCCUUCAUAACUUCAAUAAUUCCUAGAGAAUUCAAUUCAUUUGGUCUUACGAAAUUUUCAACAUUUAUAUAG